GAAAAUUGCACGUUGGAGGAGUGCGACAGCUCAUGGUAACGACUUCGCAAGAAGUCCUUCGCAUGAACCCAGUCCUCGAAGGAGCCGCUCAGCAGCUGCUGGAUGAGAUGAGGACGGAGAAGAAGAAAAAAGAAGAUUUUCCUGUAAUAAGGCUUCUUGCUAGAAAUUUAGUCGACUUGGUCUACAUCAAAGAGAAAGAUCCACUACAGAGAGAUUUAAUGUUGAUGAGGAUUAUGUUGAAGCACGGAGAAGAAAUACAGGCACUAAGUGAAAAGAGGCAGAAAGAGGCAGAGGAGGCGCAAAAGAGAAGGGUGCCACGGAACUCAAAUGGGUCACAUGACGUAGAUGAGUCCCAAGCAUCGACAUCCCAAACAUCUGACAAAGCACUUCACCAACAAACAAUCGACAGACUUGUUAAGGAGAAUGCAGAACUGUUAAGGACAAGGGACGAGCAGAUACAACAACUCAAAGAUGAGCUGUUGGUGACGAGAUCUCAGCUUCACUCUUCAAGCACAUCAACACCGCACCCCACCAGAGGUCCCCAUGAAGAUACCAUUCUCAUCAGCACCAGAGGUCCCCAUGAAGAUGGUAACCAAGACGAUAAAGAUGUAAUUGUUGUUGGGCUCUUAAAUUGAACCCCUUUGUCAGCGACAACAUUCGGCAUGGUACACGGACUGAACAUAAUAUGUGGGAGCGCCAUAGACAGUAUUUAGUUAUCACCUGCAUUCCUCUGGUAUCAACGGACUGGAUCUAAGAUUAGGGCCCUCUGCACAAGUUUUAACGAUAGGUAAUGAUGGUGAUGUAAUAAGGUCCACCUUAUCAGUAACCCGUCUGGACUCCAUUAACCCCGUAGCAAGACGUACCACUAAUUUUUCUGCCGGCAUUGCUAUUAGGUUUUUAAACACUUAUAGAGUUAUUACUGUCGGAAGCGACCAACGACUCUUAAUCCUAGACCUAGAUUCAACUGCAGUGUACAGUUGCUAUGUGGACGUGCCAGAUCCCCAUGAUCUGGUCCUCUCAUAUGCAACUAGUCGUGGAGAUAUUGCUGUCCUGGUGUGUGGUAAAGGGUAUCAAGAGUUUACCACGUCUGGUCCCGGCCCCUCCUGCUCGUUUAGUGAAUUUGUCGCUAUUUAUAGAGAGUGAUACAGAUAAGAUUGCGGUGCUGAUAGUUCAUGUUCUGAAAUAGCAUCUGCAAAACGGGCUAACUUAUAUUUGGUCUGGAGAUGUGAUCGGAAUUAUAUCUGCUACCUCAUGUGCUUUUAGAGUUUUUAUUCAUUUCUAUUUUUAGUCAUUUUGAUGAAGUCAGAUAUAAAUUCGUUUUUUGUAUUUCAUUUCUUUUAUUUAAACGCAUUGCUUAUUAGGGUGUGGCGUAACGUUGCAAAAUGAAUACACGAUGCCCAUUAGCAUUGCCCGCACACAUC